AUGGGCGAGAAGUCUCCCGAGGGCGAGGGGCGGCAGCGGGGCACGGUGAAAUGGUUCAACGCGUCCAAGGGCUUCGGGUUCGUGACGCCUGAGGAGGGCGGCGAGGAGCUGUUCGUGCACCAGACGAGCAUCCAGUCGGAGGGCUUCCGGAGUCUGCGCGAGGGGGAGACGGUCGAGUUCAACGUAGAGACGGGCGAGGACGGCAGGACCAAGGCGGUGCGCGUGACGGGGCCUGGCGGAUCUACGCCGCAGGGCGCCCCGCCCCGGCCACGUGUUCGCUACCCCCCGCCCUUCAUGUUUCCUCCACACAUGAUGGGUGGCCGGGGGGCAAGGGGCGGCAGGUAUCCCAGCGGUUUCUGGUACUACCUCCCAUCCCCUGCUGGUGGCUACGGCAGUGGCUUCAUGCCCCCCAUGGGCCGGGGAGGGGGGGGGAGGGGGCGCAACGGAGGCAGGGGACAGCCUCCCAGAGAGCCCAGCGGUCUGCAGGUGUGCUGUGGGUGUCUUGGCUGGUGUGACUGCUUACAGUACUCAGUGUGCCCUGUGUCUGCUCUUGUGCCAGGGUGGCUCCUGAAUGUUGCUGGCCUGGUGGCUGUUCUGGUGCUCUGUGCUGCAUGGUUGGAGGUCACCACUGCGCUGCAUGUGCGGUGGGGCCAGCGUGGUGGUUCACAACCUCCCAUGGUCUUGUUCUUGGCAGCGGUUGAAGGAAGCAUUCAGUGA